CUGUGCCGGCGGUCUAAACGGUUUAAAGCCCCUUACGGGGGUCACGCCAGUCACAAGUCACACACUCGCUUGAUCAACCGAUCUGUGCCCAUCGGUGUACCAACAGCCCAGUCUCCUCUCGCGAACGACAGUGCUUGCGACAGAUACGCCAUGUCACCUGCUUGCCGCGUGAAGCGCCGCCUGCAAGCUUCUCCUCAGCAGCGUCUCAUGAGGCCUUCAAGCUGCAAGCCUUUCCAAGGCCACUUCUGUUCAGGCGGAGCGCGUCCAGACAGACACGCUGGCUGCAGGCCUGCUGCUUCGUCGUCCCAACGCCCAGAAUGGAAUGACAGCACCAAGGUGCCAGCUACCUUUGACAAGUUCUGCACAAAAGAGGCACACAAAAGGGAACGUGCUUUUGGCAAGGCACCUAGGAAGACAGCACGGGGUGCGGAUAUUCUGGGGAAGAUGGACGCAAAGGGAGAAGCGACCAAAUCACGUACGCCCGGCGGGUUGGCCCCCCUCGAGCUCCCCGACUUCUCUUUCCUCUUCAAGAAAGGAUGCUUCUCUCCUGACUGUUCGGACCCCAGCCAUUUUCAGUGUUAUCCUAAAAAACCUCGCCUGUUGUAGCUGCCACCUCAUGGCGCAAGCCUUUUAAUUGACAUCCGUAUACUUACGUGUUUUUAAUACUCAUUUUAAGACAAAUGUGAUUUUAUACCCGCUACCUACCUGAUUUUACCUACGUUUUUACUUGCCCGAUGCCUACACCUGAUUUUACACAUGUUGACGACGCCUAUUUUAUUUCUAUGGGUUUUAUUGUAAUAAGAGUCGUGAGGUGGCGGUAAAUGUUACCUAGCAUGCAGCACUCCUGUUUGCGUAGCGCGCAGUACGCAAUGAUUCCACUCGUGGGUAUGUGGCGGACAGGAAGUUUUGACCAUA